CAGGGCUUUGCAUAAAGGUUUGAGCUGACGAGAUGCCUUUCUUUGAAGGCAGCAGGGACGGCUGUAUUGUUGGAGAUGCACCGAGCCUCCCAAUUGACUUUUGCCUGUGGCAGUCAGUACCUACAGCAGAAAUGGAAUAAAGCCUAUCAAGAUCACAGGGAAAAGGUCCAGAAUGCCAGGCCGCUGGUGGACACCCACGCCCCGCCGAUGUUCCGCCACCUUCACCUGAAACUCAAGAAGCUGAAGCUGGAGGAGGAGCGGCUCUCCAUCAUCGACAGGGACAACCGCCUGCUUCUGGAGAAGAUGUCCUACAUCAUGAGGACCAAGGGACACACUGACAACAGAAAUGACUACAAGCACAGGAGUCUAAACAGGGAAAAAAGAGAACAGGAACUUUGCAGAGUGCAGAAAGAGAACAGGAUCAUUCUGGAAAGGAUCACCAGCUCAAAACCCUGGUAUCAAGCUCAAAAGUGGUGUGACGACUGGGAGAGAAUUGAAAGAUACAGGGACGCCAUUGCGAAGUAUCCUCGAAGAUGGCAUCCUACACCAAGUGAAAAGCAGGAACUGAAACUGAAAUUUAGCAAGGGCAUAUCAAAGACUGGACCCAAAAAAGCGAAGUGGGAAAAAGAACACAAAUUGGGAAAAGACGACGACAAGGCUGAUGGACGUGGUGAUGGGGAAAACUGACACGGCUGUCCCUGGCUGCUCUGGGCUGCAGGGACUUCUGGUCCUCAGGAAGGUUCACUUUGACACCCAAGGCCCAGGGAACAGAGCCACCCCCCACCCCUGCACCGUUAUCACACCCGGGACAGCUGUUAAAUGCGGAUGAGACUGCACUCUAAAAAUUGUGCCUUCAAACAAUGUAUUUCACCAAAUGAUGCAGCAAAACUAUAUUUAUGCUUCUUAGCCUGAUAAUUGAAAGCAAAUUAUGCAGAGUAAUAUUGAGAGUUAAAGGAUUUUAAAUUAGAUUUUUUUUUCUCUAAUUAUUAAUACUUACUCUGUUACCUUAUAUUAUGCUGUUGUGGAUUUGUUUGUAAUUUGUAGGAAGAUUUGUGUAAUUUAUCUUUCAAAACCUCACAAUUGUUACUUUGGCUAUCUAAAUAAAUCAGACUGAAAUUCAGCAACAUAAUGAAACUACAAUCUGAUUCCAGAAUAUAUAACCUAAGACACAAAAAGGAUCCAGUGGCUCUUCAUUAGAGACAUUAAGGCAUGGAGCUGAAAGAUACUUGGACAUCUGUUUAUUUUCUCUGGCACCUCCAGUUAAGAUCAUGUUUAAAGUAUUCCACAACAGAUCUAUCCUCUUGUUGAUGAAUUAAAAAAAAAAAAAAAAAAAAAAAAA